CCCUUAAGUACAUAAACCAAUGACUCAUCGGCGCAUUUUGACUCUCAGGCGGACAGAGAGAGAGAACUUAAAAAGUUGCAGCAACGACAAAGCUUUCACUGAGAAACUUUCCUACAUCUUGUUUUCUUUGACUUUACAUCCCUUCGGGCGCCAUCAGACGGGACCUUUUAAGCUAUGGGACUAAUGGAUUCCUUCUGGGUCUUCACUUUAUUUGCAGCCUCAGGUCUUUCAGACAACCACCAGGCUUCCGAUACUGGAGUCAAGCUUAACACUUACAAAGAUUUCUAUUGCAAAGUGAAACGAUUCAUGAUGCCCGACCAAUUCGUGGGGAGUAAUCUUUGCCGGUUCUGUGACAUCGAGCCCACCAAUUGCACCAACAGUGGUGUUUGCACUGUUAACUGCAGCAUUAACUCCAUCUGUGCGAAGAAGGAAGAAGUGUGUGUCUCCAUCUGGAGACGACAAGAUGCCAAUGUAACUGUUGAAACACUGUGCCAUAAUCCAGCCAUUUCUCUGUAUGGACACCUGCUAGAUGAUUACAAUAAUACAGAAUGCAAGAUGAAAGAGAAGAAAGUUCCUGGCUCUAUCUUCUACAUCUGCUCAUGCUCGGUGGCUGAUGAAUGCAACAGAAAACUAAUAUUUACUGACGACGUUGAUCCUACAUUGAGUGAAUGGCAGGUGAUAUUGGAGGUUCUCCUGGUCACUCUUGUCCCAUUGCUCAUUCUUGCUGCUGUGGUGAUCCUUGCUUACUAUUGGUACCGGGUCCAGCGGCGGAGGAAGCUGAAUAAAGAAUGGGCGAAGGAACAGAAGGUCAGGAAGCCAGGUCACCGGCGCCGGCAUACCAGUGAUCGCAGCGAGGGCAGUGCUAUGCACCUUGAUGAUGACCAGUCAGACAUCAGCUCCACCUGCGCCAACAACAUCAACCACAACACUGAGCUGCUGCCCCUGGAGCUCGACACUGUGGUGGGCAAGGGGCGCUUUGCUGAGGUCUACAAGGCCAAGCUGAGGCAGAGCACCUCUGAACAGUUCGAGACUGUGGCAGCAAAGAUUUUCCACUUUGACGAGUACAUGUCCUGGAAGAACGAGAAGGAGAUUUUCUCUGAUGUCAACCUGAAACAUGAAAAUGUGCUGCAGUUUCUGACGGCAGAGGAGCGGGAGACCGAAAUGGGCAAGCAGUACUGGCUGAUCACGGCCUAUCAUCCCCAAGGCAACCUGCAAGACUACCUGAUGAGGCACGUUGUGAACUGGGAGGACCUGUGCCUCCUGGGAGGAUCGCUGGCCAGAGGAAUUGCACACUUACAUAGUGAAUACACACCUUGUGGCAGGCCAAAGAUGCCCAUUGCCCACAGGGACCUAAAAAGCUCCAACAUUCUGGUGAAAAAUGACCUGACGUGUUGUCUCUGUGACUUUGGAUUAUCCUUGAGGUUGGAAUCAUCUCUCUCUGUCGAUGACUUAGCAAACAGUGGGCAGGUCGGUACAGCCAGGUAUAUGGCUCCCGAGGUGCUGGAGUCCCGAAUUAACUUGGAGGAUAUUGAGGCAUUUAAACAAACCGAUGUGUAUUCAAUGGCACUCGUUCUGUGGGAGAUCACAUCACGAUGUACAGCCAUUGGUGAAGUGAAAGACUAUGAACCUGCCUUUGGUUCCAAGGUUCGUGAGCAUCCCUGUGUAGAAAGUAUGAAGGAUGUUGUCCUGCGAGAUCGGGGAAGACCGGAGAUUCCCAACAGCUGGCUUAAUCACCAGCUUAUACAGCAGUUAUGUGAAAUCAUUGUGGAAUGCUGGGAUCAUGAUCCAGAAGCACGGCUCACCGCACAGUGUGUAGUGGAACGCUUCAAUGAUCUGGAGCAGAUGGACAAGCUCUCCGGUCGGAGCUGCUCUGAGGAGAAAAUUUCAGAAGAUUGCUCUGUCAGUGAGACCAAACAGAACCUGAGUGCAGUCACUGUGGUGUAAAGGAUAGCCAGUGGACAAAAAAGAACAAAGAGGGAAGAGCCUGUGGUCAGUUGGGGGCUGUUUGAUGGAACAUUCACUUCACCCCCUCUAAAGAAGCUCUCAUGUUACUUCACAAAAGGUGGACCAUUCUUCAUGACAAGAGUGAAAUUCCAGGAAUUGAAAAGAAGGCUGAGGUAUCUUGUUUUGUCAUAGGAUUGCAAAAUUCUGACCAGCAACUUCUCAGGAAACCAAAGAUUCCAUCAUGUAAUGCUUAUCCUUGCACUUUAUUGCUGUAGAAGUGUAUACCUCGAGGAAUUUUCAAUGCUUCUCUUCCAUAUUCAGAGAAUGGUAUUCACAUGGAUAAAUGUACGUCUUUCAUGACAUUAGGGAAUGGUAUACAGUGACAAGCCGCUUAGAAAUCCAACAUUUGCCACCCCCCCUUUUCUCCCUCACACCCCAAAUUUGCGUUUUCAUUAAUUUAUUCACUUGUUCGGUGUAAUAUAGGAACAAAUUCACUUGCAUCCCCUUAAGAACAUUGUUCUGCCACUGUGAGCUAAGAACAAAACAUUGUGGGCUACUGUAAAGUGUGAAAGUGAACAAUUGCACAGUUCCAGUAUCAAGUAUAGAUCAAAGCUUAAGGAGCCUAGUCCAGGUCCAACAUGUCAAAGAGAGAUAUCAAUCGCUGGUGUUUAAGUGAAUGGACACCUAUGGUGAAACUUUACUAAUGUGAAGUUAACCCAAAUCUAUUCAUUUUGAUUGAAAAGUGGGUUCGGUUGAUUCGCUGGCCUGAUAGUGGACAAGGGAUAAUUGAUUUACGGAAGUGACAGGAGAAUUAUCAUUCGCAUGACCAUAUAAAUGCAAUGGGUGACCUGUGGCUCCCACACCUUGACACAUUUAGUCAAUGGGACAACAGAUCUUGAGUCUGAAGCCAUCAUCAGACAGAGCUAAGGAAGUAAAUGUUAGGCUUAACACUUUGUCUGAAAUACACAUCAUCUUUAUCCUGCCCAACAAAAUUCAUCUGUACUCUGACUAGAGUCAUAGAGAUGUACAGCUUGGAAACAGACCCUUCAGUCCAACCCGUCCAUGCUGACCAGAUAUCCCAACCUAAUCUAGUCCCACCUGCCAGCACCCAGCCCAUAUCCCUCAAACCCUUCCUAAUUUACUUUGAUUCAAUGCAGUUGUGUUCUGGGUCAUUCAAGGGCAGAUACGCAUCAAUCACACUAGUGUGUAAUUGGAGCAAUGUAUGGGACCAGAACAGAUAAGGGUGACAGAUCUUCUUCCUUUAAAGGACAUUUAGAUGCAUAUACACGACAAUCUGACAGCUUCACUUUUGGUGCCCAAUUCACCCCAACUUUAUAGUUGGUUCACAGGUGAAAUAGUAAUGGGACAGUCAGAACUACUGCAAGUAGCAUGGAGCUACAUCAGAGCAUUCUUUGGGUGCGGUGGGGAGAAGUUAGCCUUGUGCUGGUGCAGAUGAAAAGGCUAAUAAUUGUGCUUACUAUCGUAUACUCUGAUAUGCACAGGCUUUGAUAUUUAUGUUUGAUCUGGUGAGGACUCUAUUGUCUGCCCAGCACAGUAUUCUCACAGCAUUUUGAACUUAAGGCAUGAGAAUCUGAGGAAAGUUUGCAUGAGUUUGUCAUAUUAACUAUAAUCUUUUCAACACUGCAGAUACUUCCUCAGCUAUAUUAAAAAUAACUGUUGCAUGGCCCAUGUCUCACAUUUAGUUCUGUGGAACUAAGCAAUGGAAUCCACCCAUGAAAGUGAGAGAUGAGCAUCGAGAACCAGGAUUGGAGUGUUUGGUAAAAUUUGUAAUUUAUAUGUUGAGAAGCCUCAAAGUCAAACCACUAAAGGGUGUUUGAAAUGAGUAAGCUGCCUCGACUACUAAUGCAGGAGUUUCAAGGAAGAAUUACAGUUUCUCCAUAGGUAAGGUGGUGUCAUUUUUUUCAAAACCAAAUAGCUUGAAUGGCAACUUGGCUCACCCCACAAAUUAACCAUCCCCUGCAGUUUCUCCUCAAUCAGUAACUGGCACAUCAGGGACAUUGUUGAAGUACAGGGGAAAAUGCUAUGUCACUUUUUAAAGCAAAUGAACAACAGGAAUGGCAUUCUCAAAUCUUACCACAUGGUAGCAAAAAUACAUUGUAUAUGAGGGAUAGGAAUGAAACAAAGGCUGGAAGGUUUAGAUUUUGAGGACAGGUUAUGUAGACUAGGCUGAUAUUCACAUGAAUAUAGAUAAUUUUGGUGAAUAAACUUGAUGUUUAGAGCGAUUUAAAAGAUUUGAGUGGGGAGAUGGAGAGAAACUAUUUCCUCUGGCUAGUGGUUUCAAACAAGCGGCCAUAAGAUGAAAAUUAUAGCUAAGUCAUUCAGGAAGCACUUCUUCACACAAAGGGUAGUAGAAAUCAGAAAUUGUGUUUACUUUUCAAAAAGCUAAAAAUAAUUUAAAAUUUACAGCCUCGAAAAGAUAGGAAAACCGAAUGAAGACAGGUAAAUGAUGAGUCAGGAUUGCACAGCUGAAAAUACCUACUUCUUUGUUCCAGGGAUCCAAAAGAAUUUGGUGAAAUAUGGUUGCCCAACCCAUUGUCCAGGGAAUUGUGCAUCAUAGUAACAUGCAAAUGUUGCUUGGAACUGAAAUAGUAUAUUGAGAGUUCUUCACAGCAGACUGUGAUUAUUUUGUAAAAGAUUGCAAAAUGUAAGCUGCACACGCAUAAAACUGACUAUAUAAACUGGCUCCCAUAUAUUGGUUUUGCAGGGCUUGGAGAUUAAUCAUAGUUCAGGACUAAGCUGCUUGAAUGUAUUUUUAUGAAAUUGUCAAUAUAUAUCAUUUUUAUAUCUCUUUGUAAAUGCAGGAGUGCCCAACUUAUAUUAAGUGCCUACGUUAUUGUUUUAAUACAAAUGAUUGACAUUUAUGCUAAAGUGGUGAGGUGAUAUUUUUCAUAGGAUUAAUGUCUGACAGUUUUUUUUCAAAAGCUUUUAUAUUGAGAUGAUAAAGGGACUUCCAGGCAAUCUCAGGACAAGUCAUUGGUGACCUGUCACUGGUGGCACACUCUCCAUUCAUUACCUAACAUACUGUACAAUGUUUUAAAAGCCUAAAGGUGUCUAAAUAGGUUGCUGCACCAGUUUUCAUUGGUACCAGUCUAAUCCUUAACAAUCCAAUCACCUCAAAGAAUGGGGUGAACAAAUAUGCACAAUCAUUUUUAAUUGUUUUUCUUGCAGAAUGUGUGCGUUGACAAUUGCUUUGACCAAGCAACUUCAUUAAUCUAACAAACAUCUGUAUUUUUCUACUUUUGAGCCUCAGGUGCACAAGCUGGUCUAAAACUCAUUACCAAAUAACUUAGUCCCAUCAGUUUUGGGCAGUGCAACAAAAUGUAGAAAUAAGGUAAUUCUCAAAUAGGAAUUCUGUUGGGAAUAAAAUCCCAUUUUGUUGCAUUUAUUUACAAAGAAAACCUCCCAUGGUGUUUGGAUGUUGUAAUGAAUACAAGCCAUUAUACAAUGAAUUGUUACAAAACUCAAAGACUUGGGACAUCAGACUAUUACAUAGGAAUGAAUGUAAAUUGAUGCACAGCAGGGAAAUAUAAAUCUUUAUCUGAAUGAUUAACAAAUGUAUUUUACUCUGGUUAAAGCAAUAUCCAAUCUUAUAUGUACGUGUGUAAUGCACACACAUAUAUAAAUAAUUAUCUUUGCAAUGUAAAGAGUAUUGUAUAUAUUAAAAAGAAAUUAUU